UACAAAUCGGUAGCCUAUUGGUUUGAGGACGCUGUUGUAAGAUGGCGCCCAGUGGAAUAUGAGUCUGGUGGGGAAAAAAGGAAGAACUACAGCUAACGGAAAAAAGCAACCCAUUAGGUAGCUGCUAAAAACACCAACAGUAUUGCGCCGUCUAGCUUAUUAGAGGAAAACCAUUGUGGAUGACUUAAACUUCGAGCUGUUAGAGACAGGUAGCCAAUAUCCAUGCUAAUACUAGCCUAUUAGCUUUAAGGUUUCCAUCUCAUCUAAGGGAUAACACUCUGCAGCUAUGAAUAAUGCCAUGGAUAGCAGCAGCUCAUAUGAGGAGCUAGUGAGACAGAAAGCUCGGAGCAUUCCCCAACAUCGUAUGAAGGAAUUCCUGGAGUCCUUGGCCAGUAAAGGUCCUGAUGCUUUGCAGGAGUUCAGCCAACAAAGUGGAGACACUACAACCACCACUGCGACUAUGGUUUACCAACAAGAGACCAACUGCAUCUAUACAGACAGUACAGAAGUGGCUGGGUCGCUGUUGGAGCUGGCAUGUCCGGUUCAGGUGCAAGUCCAGCAGCAGAUGCAGGACUCUGCAUCACAGCAGACUGUCCAACAGAAUGCAGAACAACAGAUUGUGCAGGUGCAAAUUCAAGGCCAGCAACAGGGUCAGAUGCUUGGCCAGGUUCUCCAGGUGCCCGCUGGUUCCCAUCAGCAGCUCCAGGGUGUUACAACUGCACAGCUGAUUCAGCCUGGGGAACUGACAGAGGAACAGCAGCAACAGCUGCAAGCCCAACUGGUGGCAGCUGUGGCAGGUGGGCAGCAGAUCCAGAUCCAGACGGUGGGGGCCCUGUCGCCAGCAUCCCAAGCACCAGGAGUCCUGCAGCCAGCUAAAAAGCGUAAGGUGGACAUGCCCAUCACUGUGUCGUAUGCCCUGCCUGGUCAGCAGGUAGCCACAGUCUUGGCGAUCCCACAAGGUCAGGGGCAGCAGCAGAGCUACGUGUCGCUGCGGCCAGACCUCCUAACUGUAGAUAGUUCCCACCUUUACAGCGCUACUGGUACGAUCACCAGUCCCACAGGUGAGACCUGGACCAUUCCUGUUUACUCUGCUCCUGCUGGGUCUGGGGGCCGUGAGCAGGUCACACACAUUGCCAUCCCCCAGGAAGCUUACGGGACGGUGCAGGUGACAGGGACAAACACUACAACAUUGACCACAAUGCCGACCCAGGUCACCAUUGAAAGCGACAAGCUAAAAAGCCCUACUAGUCAAAGUCAGACUGUGCAGGCGGUUUCCAGCAUAACGAGCACCGGGAUGAGCAACCAAGAGGAAGUGGUUCACACUCUGGCCGCAAACACGCUCUUCCCCGCCCAGCUGAUGAACGGAAACAUCCACAUUCCCGUGGCUGUGCAGGGCUACUCCAACGCCACACAAUCCAUUAUCUGGGACCCCCAGCAGCAGGUGCUGCACACACAGGGACUGACAGGGCAGGAUGGACAGCCGCUACAGGGUCAGACGGUGGUCGCAGAAGUAGAUGGUCAAGGUCAGCAUCAAGUGCAGGUGCAGGAGCUGCUGCUGCCCGCAACCCUGAAGCCAGAGGAGGGGCUGGACGUGUGGCGGCUCUGGGCUCAGAGGAAAAAUGCAGAGCUGGACAAAUCGGAUCAGAACAAACUUGCUCCAAUAGGCCGACGCCAGGCGCUCCGUUUUCAGGAAGAUCUGGUGUCGUGUGCCGUGGCUGAGCUCUGUAUGGGUCUGUCUCUAAUGACAACAGAGGCUCAGGGCCUUGAAGGAGAAUCAUACGAGGCAGAUGUUCUUUAUUAUGUUUUUCUCUGCAUACAAAAGUAUCUGUUUGAUAACGGUCGAGUUGACGACAUUUUCUCAGAUCAGUACUAUACUCGUUUUGCUCAUUGUCUUCAUCUAAUCUUGGACCCCUGGAGGCCGUCAGUUCAUCCUCUAGGGUAUGUUAUUCCCAGUCAUGUAACAGAGGAGAUGCUGUGGGAGUGUAAACAGCUGGGUGCUCAUUCUCCAUCAACACUGCUCACAACUCUCAUGUUCUUCAAUACAAAGUAUUUUCACCUAAAAACAGUGGAUCAGCAUCUAAAAUUGGCUUUUUCAAAGGUGUUGAGACACACCAGGAAGAGUCCCAACAAUCCCAAAGACAAGAGCACCAGCAUACGGUACCUAAAGUCAGCGGAGAGGUUCAUAGGACAGAAAGUGACAGAUGACAUGUACUCGGAACAGCUGGAGGACCCUGAGAACCCGCUGCGCUGCCCUAUCAAGCUCUAUGAUUUCUACCUCUUCAAAUGUCCUCAGAGUGCUAAAGGCCGUAACGACACCUUCUACCUGACCCCGGAGCCGGUGGUGGCUCCAAACAGCCCCAUUUGGUACUCAACACAACCAAUCCCCCGGGAGCACCUGGAGCAGAUGCUUGCCCGAAUCCUUGCUGUUCGUGAAAUCCAGGACGCGCUUAACAUGUCGGAGAGCGUGCACUAGUUGGACUUGAAGAAAGAAAGCCUUUGAAAGCUCGUCAUGAGUAGUUUGCUCUUCUCACUCUCCUCAUUUUCUUUUCUUUUGGGGUGGCAUGUACCAGUUUAUAUCACAUGCCGGCCUACCUUGGACAUGAACUGUAAAUACACUUAAAAAAUCAAUAUAUAGGGAGAUUUGUCUCUUCGAGAGGGUCCCCUUUUUUGUCUUCGUUAUGGCCAAAGGACGUAGAGUCUAAUAAUCUUUUAGUGGACCUAAACGCUAAUUUAAAAGUUAUUUUAACUGUUGGUUCACUUCACCAACAGUCUGAUAAAAUGUUAAUUUUCUUACCUGUUUUAAUCUGCAAUAUAUUUCCAAUUUUCACCAUGAUUGGCCUACACUAUGCUGCUUUUCCUUUUCCCAUUUAUUGUUUUAUUCCUUUGUCUGCCUUGGUCACUGUUGAGUCUCACAGUGAAUAUCUGUAUAAAAAAAAAGAGAAAAACUAGGUAUAAAAAAUUCUUUUAAGUUAUAUACAUUUUCUUUUCUGAUAUUUUGUUUGGGUUGAGCCUACUUAUUUGGAGAUGCUGAGCUUUUGAGGUUAUUUGCUUAAGAGCACCCUCUGUUGGAGCUUGGUGGUAUUAAAUCACAGUAGUACUUAAAUCCUCCCUGGAUUUGAUUGCAAAAGGCUGGCACCGCCUAAUCUGCAGCUAAUAGCACUUGCCACAGGGUGAAGAUGUGGCGAAGGGAGGACUUGGAUGCUGACAUCUGCUGAAUCCUUUAUCUCUUGAGGACAUCAAACACAAAGACUAAAGAGGGAUCUAAUGUAUCAUGUCCCCUGUACUCCAUAAAAGAUUUAAAGUGGGUUAGCCCUAUAUGUUCUAUAAUGUAUAGUACCAGUAGUUUCUCCAUGAACUGUAAUGGGAUUCAGUCAUUUAAGGAGAAUGGCAGUGCCUGUGUGUUUUUCAAACAUGACCUUUUUUGUACAGCCA